CACAGGCCAGCGUUGACGAUAACAUGAUGGAAGUCAAGUUGCGAUGAGUCUGGCCCUCAGCUCGUGCUUGUCUUCCAGGAGUUGCACACACUGAAGCGUGGCUGCCAAUGCACCUCUACUCUAUGCACUUCUCCGAGGAGGUUGUUCAUCUCCAGCUUUACUUCCUGAACGCAUCUGCGUGUGGUUGUACCUAUUAAGGCUCUGAUUUCCACACGAGGCUGAUAUGCAGCUUCCUGGGCGGCUGAGCCGCACUGCUCAUAAUCUAUCGUAGCUUCAAGGCCUUCCGCAUCAUCCUAUCUAUCAUGUCUCUCACCCACGCUGGUAUAGUUCAUCAGCCUCCAGGACAAUCGACUUUAGCGUACCUCCCCCUUGAAAAAGUUGCAAUCAACGCGUGGAUGGUCGAUGUUUCUGCGCGAUUAGUGCUAACUCAGGUAUUCCAGAACGAAUCAGAUAGGCCUACCGCUAGGGCCAAAUACGUCUUCCCUCUCCCCGAACGAUCGGCCGUCUGUGGAUUCGAACUUGAACAUGCAGAUGGACGCGUGAUCGUUGGAGUGGUGAAAGAAAGCGAAGAUGCGGCGCGGACCUUUGAAGUCGCAGUUGCAGCAGGGCAAACUGCUGCACUAGUCGAGCGGGUAACAGACGAUAUCUUUGCCAUAUCGGUGGGUUCCGUUCCUGCAAGGAAACAUGUAACCACCCGUAUCACGUUUAUCAUGGAUCUUCUCACUGAGGGCAUGCGGGAUCACGUGCGUCUCCAACUUCCUUUGGCUAUCUUCGAGCGAUAUGGUCCUACUCCCGAUUCGAUGAUUGGCGCUGCCUCUGCGACAAUCUCCACUCGCAUCGAUAUCAGAGUUGACGUCCAAACAAGUGACACUAUACGAUCUAUACGCAGUCCCACUCACCUCAUCAAGGUGUCACGGUAUAAGACGCGCAAUGGGCGCAAGUCCCAGCGUCGCAUGUCUGCAUCUUGGGCGUCACCAACCUUUGAGAAGCGAGAUUUUGUGCUUACCGUAUACGCCGACGGACUUGACAAACCAAGAUGCUUCGCCGAAAUAGAUACGGAGGCCGGCACUGGAACGAUCGGCAUGCAGCUCACUCUUGUUCCGUCGUUCGAGGUGCCCCGUAAUCCAUCGCAAGAAUACCUAUUCGUUAUCGACAUAUCGGGGAGCAUGCAAGGCGACCGUGUCAAAACUGCGAAGUGUACAUUGUUGAUGCUACUACGUCUCCUUCCAUGCUCACAAACCAUCUUCAACAUCUUUCGCUUUGGUUCCGAGGUGUACUCCCUAUGGGCGGCGUCUUGUGAUUACAAUCAAGACUCCGUGGAUAAAGCUACUACCCACGUAAAGUUACUCAAAGCUGAUGGCGGAGGCACAGAGAUCGCCAAAGCUUUAGAGGCUGCAAUAAAUAGUCGGCGGAACGAUCGGCCUACCGCAAUAUUUCUUUUGACAGACGGUGAAGUAUACGACGAGGAUCCCGAUGAUACUAUGGCUAUGCAUAUCGUAGCUGAGGCCGUUCGCAGAACCAACCCCCAAGCACCCUUGCGUGUAUUUGUCCUCGGCAUCGCAGACGCGACGUCUAGCAUGUGCGAAGGCAUUGCCCGCGCUGGUAAUGGAGAGUGCCUUUUCGCGGUCUCCCACGAGCAAAUACUGGGAAAAUGUGCUCGUCUAUUGAAUGCAGGGCGUACAAAGAGAAUCGAGAGCAUCCGGGUGGAUUGGGGCUCCCUACCUACGUCCACAGCGACCCAGUCAACACAUGCAGUUUCAUCACGUCUUGGUAACUUCGGGGGGAUGCUUGAACUGGAACCUCCGCCAGCUUUGCAACAGAUUCCACACAGCCUGACCAAGAUAUUUGCCGGGUUGCGUUUCACUGUCUUUGCAAUCAUCUCUCCAGGGAGGGUCCCAUCUUCGAUCAAGCUCCUCACGAAGUUCGACGGAGUGGAUGAACCGAUGGAAUGGGACGUCCCAGUUACAGAAGUCAAGCCGUUCAAAGAUGCGGAAUGCGAGAUACCCCUCAUACAUACGCUUGCAGUGCGCAAGUUGAUUACAGAGUUCAGCGAGGGAAGAACACCACUACCGGCCGUAGUUGGCUCUGUAGUCGCAUCCGACGAGGAGAUCAAGAAAGCAGCGAUCGUGAGGCUCGGACUUGGUUACCAGCUCGCCAGUCAGUAUACGUCUUUUGUGGCAGUAGAUGACGGAGACGAGCAACUGAGAGGUGCUAGAAGAGGUCAAAGCAGGCCUGACAUGGGGUGGAUUAGAACGAGGCGACAAUUGCGCUCGCGGAGAUCAAUGCAACAGACCGAACAAAACGAGGGUGUUAAUGAAGAAGGGAACGAUGGUCUCUUAGACACUCUAUUCAAUGGUUUCACUUCAGCGAUCUCGUGGGUCUUCAGGACGUUCAGUGGCUCUGCAUCUGGCCCGAAUCCGGGAUUGGAUGGACCCCAGAACCUUCCUGGAUCGUACACGGACUCUGAAUUAAGUCCGGACACAGGCGAUGGAGAUUCACGCGGUCGCACCACCAGGCCCAGGGGACAGGAUAUUCCUCGUCGCUACAGCACAGACACGUUUUCGACACUGAGUUCGCUCGAAGAAUCAUGCUCUUCUUGCUGGACGUCCUCUCGCUCAUCGAGUCCUAGUGAUCCGAUAGAGCGUGCUCCUUCUCCCGAAUUGGUCCGUGACGCAGGGUCCCCGCCCGUGACCCAUGCAACUGCUCCGCAGGUUUCCAUUCCAUCAGGAGUGACUUCUACAACCCCACCGACCAUCUCCAAGGAGGCAUAUGAAGUUUUCCAACUAAUCGAACCUGACGGUUCGUUUUCCCCCACUCCUCAGUUGGGUCGGAUCAUCGGCCCUGGAAUAUCGGAGAAAGCAGCUGAGCUCGGUGUGGACGGGAAACUAUGGGCUACCGUGGUUGCAGUGGCAUAUUUGAAGAAAUGCCUAGAGAAUGAACCAAGUUUACUCGAUGCAUUGGUUGCGAAAGCGAAAGACUUUAUCAGGGAAGCACAGACGAGGGGACAGGGCACGUCACGACGUAGCUUUGAGGACAUGAUUAGACGUGCAUCUGAGUGGCUUGAGACGGGACAAAGAACUAGUACUUAGUAAAUCGUGUAUCUUUGGAUACCCGCAUUUCUCAUGGAAAGGAACUGAGGUCAUCGGGAUUGCUAUUCGAUAUGUCCGCUCAUGUUAGAACCCCGG